AUGGUUUUAGAAAAUAAAUGGGAAAAUAUUAAUGAAAAUAUAAACCCAGAAUAUAAAACAAAUUUAUUACAUAUAUCAUUAACAUGGAAUGAAGAACAAUGGGGAAACUGGGCUUAUAAUACUUUAAAAUGUUUUCUUGAAAAUGAUUGGAAUAUCUUGAUAAAAGAAAUUACAGAACAAAUUAAUACACAUAUUGAUCAACGAUGGAUAAAAUGGCUACAUGAACAAAAUUCCAUUUGGCUUUCCAAUGAUUGGAUUAUUGAUGAAAAUGCAUUCUGGGAAAAUAUGAUAAAACUUGAUUCAUCAAAAUAUGCAUGGACACAGGAAGUUAAACAAUACUUUAUUAAAUGGAAUGAAAGAACAAAUCAUCAAAACUUUAUGUGGAAUAAUUGGAUACAUAAUAAAAACAAAAUAAUUAAUCAUAUUAAAAAAGAUAAUCUGGAUGAUUGGACAAAGGAUAAAUAUGAUUCCUUUAAUAAAUGGAGAGAAAUAUUUCUUCAAGAAUUGGAUAACUACCAAAAGUGGAAAAAGCUAGCUAAAUAA